AUUAUGAUUCUUGGGAUUUUUUUAUUUUCAACAUCACUGGAAAAACGCAGCGGUAGAAUUUCCUCUUGUGUAGAUCAAGUACUCUCUGUUGGAGUAUUAGUACAUUGUAGCGUAGUACAAGUACAGCACUUGAGUAAAUGUGCCACUUGGUGUUUUAGCUUCUCUAAAAGCCAGUUCUUGUAAUUCAACAUUAGCCUCCACUCGUUCCUUUGACUUCACUUUAAGAGAGGAUGUGUUGUUUUUUUUUGUCCUAACAUUUCCUGUCCCUUCGAGUUGCAGCUGGUGAGCAGGAAAGCGUCUCUUUCCGGGUCAGAUGGCCGCCAUGGAGCUGAGAUAACCUCUUCCUCUUUUCUCCACCAAUCGCGACUCUCCGAUCUGAGACAAGGCCAUGGGUACAUGGCGCGCUCUACGAGCGGCGUUCAUUCUGGGCUCUUUGGUCACGAGCCUGCUGAUCAUGGUCUACUGGGACGACAUCGGGGACCUGACCCUCUCUCCGCUGCAGGGCCGCGGGAACGGGUCGCGUCAGUGCCCAUCUUGCCCUCGGGCGGCCGCGGGCCCGCGCCUCGCUCCAUCCACCGACAGAACCCAGAGCACUUCCUCCUUCGCCGCCACCGCCGCGAAACUCACCGUCGAGGGGACGACCGGAACAACUGAAGAACAGAAACAGGGGGAGGAAGAGGACAGAGAAGAGCAGAGGGAGGAGGAGGAGGAGGCGGAGGAGGAAACGAGGGAGGGUGAGGAGAGGGGAAGGAGUCCCGCCUCUGUUGACGGUAGGGAACAGGAGGAGAGGAAGCAGAGGAUGAUGGAUGUUUGUUCGGGAAAGGACGCUGCGGAAUUCCCUGGAAGGACUCGGACGUUUGAGCAGAUCCCCCACAAGGAGCUGGAUCACCUGAUAGUGGAUGACGCAAACCAGAUCAUCUACUGCUACGUUCCCAAGGUCGCGUGCACCAACUGGAAGAGAGUGAUGGUGGUUUUGUCCCGGUCUCUGAUCUCGCCCUCCUCAGGAAAACCUUACUCUGACCCGGAGGCUGUACCUCCGCGCCUCGUACACAACUCCACGCUUUACCACAAUUUAACUAGCCUCAUGCGCCCUAAUGAUUCCCAGUCCCUCCACCAGAUGGCACACAGGCUCCAGACCUACACCAAGUUUCUGUUUGUACGAGACCCUUUCGUACGACUCAUCUCCGCCUUCAGGAACAAGUUAGACGGUGCCAACGAGCAGUUCUACAGGGAUUUCGGCCGGGGCAUCGUGCGUCGCUAUGGUCACGUCUCCGGGAGUUUGCCAGAGAGCGUGUCCGAGGCCAUCGCUGCGGGACUCAAACCGACCUUCCAGCAGUUUGUCACGUACCUGCUGGAUCCAGAUACAGAGAAGAAGCGCGUGUUCAAUGAACACUGGCGACAGGUGUACCGCCUGUGCCAUCCGUGUCAGGUCAAGUACGACUUCAUUGGACGACUGGAAACCCUGGAACCCGACGCGGAUCGCCUGCUGAGGCUGCUGAAGGUGGAUCACCUGCUCCGCUUCCCCUCGGGGCCCCACAACCGAUCGGCGGUCAGCUGGGAAAAAGAGUGGUUCGCGGAGAUCCCCGUGACAACGAGGAGGGAACUGUACAAGCUGUACGAGCCCGACUUUGAGCUGUUUGGUUAUCCCGAACCUGACGUCGUACUCCACCCGUAACCAAGCUGAGUCAAAGGGGCGUGGGCGCCGCACUGUGUGUGGAGCCCACGCCUCACGGACCUUCCUCUAAAGACCAGACGAUGAUGCUGCUUGUUUCAUUCGAUCUGUACAUACCUCAAGUGCCUGCCAGGGUUAUCCGGGCGCAGAUGAAUACCUUUUGGAGCUCAUUGGUUGUGGGGGUGUGUGUGUGUGUGGUGCUAAAAACUUUUAUGGAUGUGUUAAAGGGCGACUAAGGCAGGUAAGAUUAUUCCCGGUGCUGCCGAUGGUCAGUCUGACUGUGACAGGCGGGUGACUGUGUGUUUGUGUGCAUGCGUGUGAGAGAGAGAGAGAGAGAGAGAGAGAGAGAGCGACAGCGGUGCAAAGAGCGUUGCACACAGCUCUACAAUGAAGCAAUGACACCUUUUACAUUGUACCAUUAUGAAACUGUGACGGGACAAAUUUUGUAUAGUGUGUACGUAUAGCUGCCUCAAUGCAACAUGUGUGAAGGGUAUGCAUCAUCCCUCUGAUGCUUUUCAUUUUAUCUUUGUCAUAAUUUCAUAUCGGAAGCACACACCUGCAUAACAAGCUACAUUGUCCCUGUCUGUUUCCCCACGUAAAGGCACUUUGAAUUGCAUUUUAUAAAUGGAAUUGAUUAGUCAUGGGGAAAGGAAUCGGGCUAAGGGUAAGCGGACAUCAUGGAGGUGAAAUAUGCAGAAAAAUUUAAAAAAAAAAAUUCUAAUUCUUGUCUGUGUUUGAAAUGAUUGAAAUAUGCUCAUGAGUGAAAAGGCGAGAUUGAGUUUAUCCUUUAGGGAAGAAUAUAAACAUAACAUAUUAUAAAUGUACAAAAGUUCCCUUGGAAAUGUUGUGAAGGAGAAUAUAAGAACAGAAAGUGAACUCAAGCAAUAAUUUAUGUAAAGUGUGUAGUAAGCAAAGCCUUCGAUGUGACAGUACUUUACGCCACUGAAAAGUAUUAUGGCUGUAUUUUCUUUUUAAAAUCUGAGAUUCGAGAAUAAGGUUGUAAUUGAGAAGGUCAUAAUAUUUCAGGAAUAACGUACUAAUAAAAAGUGAAAAAAGCCAUAAUAUAUAUCUAAAGACGUGAUAUUAAGAGAAUUAAAUUGUAAUUUAAUGAGCAUGAAAAUAUUGAUAAAAACGGGUCUAAUAAUAUUUCGAGAAAAACAAGCCAGUCGUUUCAACGCGGUUCUUUCAUCAGAAUCUCUUUACGACUUUAUUCCUGUGAUAUUACCACUUUAUCCUUGUGAUGUUAUAAAUUUAUCCUUGUGAUAUUAUAACUUUAUCCUCGUCAUAAUACGACUUUACCCUCAAGAUAUUAUGACUUUAUCCUUGUAAUAUUAUCAUUUUUUCUUUUUAAAAUUACGACUUUAUCACCAUCGGAAUAUUACAACUUUAUUCUCGUAAUAAUAUGACUUCAUAUUCGUAAAAUUACUAGGCCCCAACUUUAUCACUGUGUUAUUGACUUUUUUUCCUCCCAAGAUUAUCCCUCAAGAUUUUGACAUUCUUUUCCUUGUGAUAUUACGACUUUUUUCUUGUGAUAUUAUGACUUUAUUGUCCCGAUAUUAUGACUUUAUCCUCAUGAUAUUACAUAUUAUAACUUUACCUUUGUGAUAUUAUAACUUUAUUCUCGUGAUAUUACGUCUUUACCCUUGUGAUAGUAUAACUUUAUUCUCGUGAUAUUACGACUUUGCCCUUGUGAUAUUAUAACUUUAUUCUCGUGAUAUUACGACUUUGCCCUUGUGAUAUUAUAACUUUAUUCUCGUGAUAUUACGACUUUAUCCUUGUGAUAUUACUCCACUAUCCUUGUAAUAUUAUGACUUUUUCUUGUCAAAUUAUGACUUUAUCAUCAUCGGAAAAUUACAACUCUA